AUGCCCAUUGAGCCGUCUCCCUUCGAUGCAGAAUUCGAUGCCUUGGUUGAAGAGACCCUGGAAGAAUGGAAGACACCAGGCUUGUCCAUUGCCGUUGUGCACGGGUCCAAUACAUAUUCCAAGGCCUAUGGCAUAGCGGAAUUUCCCGACAGAAAAAUGACCACCGAUACGCUGUUCCCAACUGCCAGCACUACCAAGGCAUUCCUCGCCGCCGCGACAUCAAUGAUGAUUCAGGAGAGCAAAAGCACCCAGUCACCACUUGAGUGGGAUACGCCAAUCUCAUCCAUGAUCCCCGAUGACUUCGUGCUCGCAGACGAAUAUGUGACUGCACAUACUACGCUCGAGGAUGCCCUCUCACAUCGGUCUGGACUACCGGGUCACCAGUGGAUAUUUCACUUCGGCUCCAAGGACGCUUCGGUACGCGAGUUUGUGCGCAGUUGUAGAUAUAAGCCCCUUUCGGCUCCGCCACGCACUAAGUUCCAGUACAGUAACGCAAACUAUAUCGCCGUCACGCAUGCCCUGGAACAACAUACUGGUGAGACACUGGAGGCAUUCAUGAAAAAACGCAUUUGGGAACCUCUCGGGAUGAACGCCACCUAUCUUGCCCCCUCGGAUGCCGAGAACGACCCGUCUGUCAUCCAGAAAUUGGUCAAGGCAUAUACCUGGAUCCCCGAGCAAGAAGCUGGACGAUGGUUUUCAGAGCCCAAGCCAUACUGGAAGCCUAAUACGGGCGGCGGAGCGAUUGUGUCGAAUGUUCUGGACUACGCGCGCUGGAUUCGAGAGCUGCUUGAGCAGACUGGGCCUCUGAAGGGCCACGAUUCUUUAGUAAAGCCCCGCAUCUUGCACUAUGAGGAUGGCGAUAUCAACAUACCGGCACCGUACCAUGCUUAUGCUCUCGGCUGGUUUGUGGAUAACUACCGCGGCCAACACCUGUACACACAUGCUGGGGGCUGGGUAGGAUAUGGCCACCUUGUGGGAUUCAUACCGGAUAAGAAGUUUGGCUUCGUGAUCAUGUCUAAUGCUCACCUGGGGCGUUUUGUCGAUUUUAAACUGGCCAUUCACCUGUUGGAUAAAUUGCUCGGGCCCUCGGACGACCCGCUUCAUAAGGAGCGCAUGGCUGCAUGUUUCUCUAAGCAAGCGGAGGCCAGAGACAAGCAGCUCAAGUAUCAGCGUGAAGACAUAGAUGUCCUCAAGCGACAAUUGUUCCCGACAUUGGCCGAUCCCCCGAUCCCCCAUAUACUGCCUCUGGAGAAAUAUGUUGGAGCUUACAGACACCCAGCUGAUGCAUGGUUUAACAUCACUUUGGACCAUGCUCGUCUUACGAUCGAUGCAGCGCAUGGUGCGAUACCUGGCCGCUUUGUUCUGACGCAUGCAAGCGGCGAGUUCUUUAUAGCGAGGAUCACGAACCCAAACAUUGCUUCUCUUGCUCCCGUGGCUAUCGAGUUUGAAAUCGACGUCUCUGGGGCGGUUAGAAGAGUGGGAUUGGACAUUGAACCGUGUCUAAAGGGAGAAAAGAUUUGGUUUGACCGGACUGAGUCGUGA